AUGGCGGAUCCCUUUCCGCGCAAUCGCCCUCCUAACGCUGCCCCCCCUCACCCUAGCUCUGCGGGCAGUGUCACAAAAGCUCAGAUAUUUGAAGACGAGAAGAAGCGGAUAACUGUCUCCUGCUUCUCCAGAACGGACACUGACGGUUCCCUUCUUGAGUCCUAUAUCACACACUGCAAGGUCGUCGAAGAUGCUACGUCCCCAUCAGCACCACCGCCGCCGGAUGCUCCUAGCGAUCAGAAGAAAGAGCGUGUGAUAAUCAUUGCUGUUCGGAAAUCCGGUAGAGUUCGUAUGCACAAAGCUAGAGAAAAUAACAAUGGAACGUUUCAAAUUGGAAAGACAUGGAAUUUGGAUGAUCUCCAGGAGAUUGAAAAUUAUUCGCCACCCAAUGAAAAAGGAUUCACGGUUACUAUAUUAAAACCUUAUUAUUGGCAAGCGAACUCGAGUAAAGAGAAAGACUUCUUUAUUUCCUCAAUGCUCAAGAUCUUCAAAAAAUAUACAGGGGGGAAAAUACCGAACCUUAUUGGGUUUGAAAGGACGGAUAUCGAUAGAAUGGUUGAUGGAGCUGCAAGUUUGCAGGUAAGGCAACGUCAAGAGGAAGAAGGAUCUCGGGGGCAUACACCACCAAAUUUGCCUACGAGUCUAUCACCCCCGUUGCUUAGAAACCUUGCAACAGCGCAGUCCAUGGACUCCCUAACAAGAUCUGCUUCGCGGCAAUCUCCAGGGAUGAAAGGCAUGGAUGGAUUAUCCCCUCCCGUAGGUGUAUUGCGGCCAUCUCAAUCUACAGAUCGUCUUCCCAAUAGCUCUCGGAGAGCACCAGAUCCACUUGCUUUGGGUCGUACCACAUCCGGAAGGUCAAUAGCAUCUAAUGAUUCUAUUCCCCCUCCUAUUCCACCCCAAGGGCCUGGAAGGCGUCCCUCUGAAGGUUCUCAAAGAUCCGGCCGUCAGCGUUCGAAUUCUCGUUCAACUCAGGAUGAGGGGGGCGGUCACAGAGCACCCUCAGCAGAGAGAAUGCGAAGAACCCCAUCUUCCAACAGCCAUCAAUCUCGGGAGCCUGUGGAAUACCAGCCCUUUAAUAGUAGUAACAGUAGUAGGGUGCCAGAUUCGUCCCCUACUGUCCCAGAUCAUACAGGACGUCCCCAAUUGCAAUCAAAGAAAUCCAAUAAGGACGUGGGAUCCGCGUUUAGAUUAGCCGCGACAGCAUUUUCUGCUGGAAACACAAAGUUUAGGCCACAGACUCCAACCACCCCGACCACGCCGGCACCAAUGUCAAGAGGCCCUUCUCGCGAACCAGAAAGGCCCGCAGAGCUACCGCAGAUCAAGUUUCCAAGAGACCAAGGGAGCGUGAAUGAUGUAGCUUCAACCGAUAGACUAGACGAAAGUGAAGACAGGCGAUCGCGAUCACGAGAUAUUCCCCCAAUGCAAAUCGACCCGCCACCAAAAAGUGAGAGGAGAGCAACACUGACUUCCAGGGAUAACAUUAUGGCGCCAUUACGUGAGAAGCCACGAGAUUUAUCCCCUCAACCUCGGAAUCAAGACUCUUUGGAUAUUCCUGGCCGAAGAUCACCAUCGCCUGAUGGAUCUAAUUUGGAUCCCAAUGAGCGCAGUCCUCGAAGUAGAUCACGGUCACCCAACACUAAAGGGCGGAAACGAAAAUCGGCCAAAUCAUCUUAUUUAGAUGAUGUGGAUACAUCUCGUGUGACGGUAGAUCUAGAGGAUUUGCUGCAUGAGUUCAAUUGGGAUGGACGAGGUAAAGUAGAUGAGCUAGAGGCGAGUAUUAAAAAGGAGAUUGCGACUGUGGAGUCGACCAAUAUCAUCAUACACUCUGAUGGUGAUGAUAGGGUUGAGGAUCUGUCUGUUUUGCUUGACAAGGCAAUUAAAGAAUGUGAGGAGAUGGAUGCACUCCUAACUCUGUAUGCUGUUGAAUUGACCAGUUUGAACGACGAUAUAUCGCACAUUGAGAACCAGUCUCAAGGUCUACAGGUCCAAACAGCCAAUCAAAAGACUUUACAGAAGGAGCUUCAGAGUCUGUUGGAGACGAUAUCAAUUGUACCACAACAGCUCGACACUCUGAAAUGUGGAUCCCUUGAUUCCGCCCAAGCACUUGAGGGCAUCGAAGAAACGCUAUUGGCCCUCUAUAAAGCAAUGGCAACUAUUGACCCCCAUAUUGCGAGUUCCCCGGUUAAUAAUGGACGGAGGGGCUCUUGGAGUGAUGAGGGGAUCGGUACGAUGCGAGCUCUACAAGAGAAGAAAGAAGGCUACCGGGCGGAGAUAAACGCUUUUCUGGCAAGGCAGAGGCAAUUCUUAGCUAUCAAAUUUCAGGCUGAAAUUGCGGCACUGGAAAAACAUUCCAAGGGCGCAGGGGUGGUCCAAUCAGCUAAGCCAAAACUAUUAGGGCAUGACAGCGCGUAUUUAUCAAUAUAUAGAUUUGUCGGGCUCAUAGUUUUUACAAAAGACGUGGACCGGGAGGAAUAUAUGGAGUUACAGAAACUUUAUAUGAGGCCAGCAAAGCAACUGUUUGAGAACGAGUUCAGAGAUCAUAUUUUUGCUUGGAAGAGGAUAACGAGAAAACCAGCGCAGGAGGAAACGGAUCUUGUCUUCACCGUCCAAGAGAAGGAAAACGAUAACGUUGCUGUAUCUGCUGCACGAAAGUUGACAGUCAAGCGGUCUCAGACAUUGGCCAAGAUUCGAUCACCUACUGGGGAAUCCUUUUCCAAGGAUAAAAAUCAAGAUGGAAAAAUUCACGCCUACGAAGCAUUCGCUGGCGCAUUGACGGAAAUGUACAAUCUUGUAUUCAGGGAACAAAACUUCCUCGGCGAGUUUUACCACCUUUCAUCUCAAUUGCCUGUGGAUUUUGUCGAGUUGGCCAGCAAUUCUAAGCCAGAAACCCGGCGCUUAGGGGAUUUGGGCGGCAUAAAACCAUCUGAUCAGGAUAAGAUUAAAGGAAGGAUAAUGCUUGAGCUCAUGGGUGAACUAUUUUCGUUUUGGUUACAGGAUUUACAAAAUUUAUCGGACUGGGUAAUAAAGACCGAUCCAGUGCACUGUGCCGGGGUAUUAUUUGCGAUCGAGGAAAAAAUUGAUUCCCUAGAAGAGACAAAUCAAGAGUACUUGCUCAAAACGUUGCAAAAGUUGCAUGAUCGGUUGGCGGGCUUGUUCUCAAGGUUUUUAGAUGAGCAAAUCAAGGCCAUCGAGGAGACAAAGGUGAAGAUCAAAAAGAGGAAAGGAGUUAUUACUUUUAUGAAAGUAUUCCCGGGCUUCUCUGCAAAGAUCGAAGACCAGUUACCGCCCGAAAGCUCCAAUCAGGAUGAUGAGCUGGAUGUUAGAGAAAUGAUCAAUGAUGGUUACGCGAAAAUUAACAAGGCUAUGUUCGAGUCUCUUCAAGCAAUUGCGAAAGAGAGUCCCGCCGUUGCUAGUCAGAGUGUCGACCCCGAAGAUAAGGAGCAAUUGAACUAUCACAUCAUGAUGAUCGAAAAUAUGCAUCAUUAUUUGGAGGAGGUAGAUACCAGAAGCAACUCUAUCCUGGUGGAUUUUAAGAAAAAGGCGGAUGCCGAAUUCAAGGAACAUAUGGGUCUUUACAUCAGUGCCGUUAUUAGGAGACCACUUGGUAAAAUUCUGGACUUUAUUGAAGGAGUUGAGGUACUACAAAGAUCCGGUACAGAGGAAAUUUCGACACGACACUCUCAUUCGAAAUCUGUAUACAAGAAGAUCCUCGGAAACCACGACGGCAAGGAAAUCAAGCGUGGAAUUGAGACCUUGAGAAAGCGCGUGGAUAAACAUUUCGGCGAUUCAGACGGCCCAGCCCUGUGCACAAGACUACUCGAGAAAAUCUUUGAUAGGCUUGAGGCCGAGUACAUUGAUACACAUAAGCGUGCACAGAAGUUAUUGUUGACAGUGUACAAGGAUCAAGGCCUGGAGCUAGAAUUUAUGGUGCAGGAUGUGCAGACAGCAUUCAGGAAGUAG